AGCCGGACCUGGACUCCUACUCUCCCUUCUCCAUGAGGCCUGGUGCUGACUGACGUGACCCGCGGAGGCCCCGAUCGUGACACUCAUUGGGGAGGGGAGCCCCAAACCCCUCCCCACUGUGACAGCCCCCCCCUCCCCCCCCCCCCCCCCCCCAGCCAUGGCUGACCCCAUCAUGGACCUGUUCGACGACCCCAACCUUUUCGGCUUGGACUCCCUGACGGACGAAGGCUUUGCCCAGGCACCGCCUGACCCCAUAGAAGAGGCGCUGGGACUGCCGGUGGCACUGGACCCCUCCCAGCCGACGCCACCCCCUGCCGCAGAGCCUGUCCAGCCAGAGACGCUGCCAGGGCAGCCGAAUCCCACGCCCGGCCCCCCAAAGCUGGACCCUCCACAGCCAGGGCUCCCCCAGGGGCAGGAGGUGCUGAGGCAGGGGAACCCCUUUAUGGGCGUGUCCAGUGCCAGCACUGCCGUGGUGUCGUCCUCCUCUGUUGGGGGGCAGCAGCUGCCGCAGGCUGCGGCCCCCCUGUCAGCCCCCAAGAUUGUCAUCCUGAAGGCCCCGGCGGGCGGCUCGGUGACGGGGGCCCAUGUGGCUCAGAUCCAGGCGCAGCCCCAGGCGCUGGGGGCGGCCAAUGGGGGCAAGGUGACCUUUGCCAAGGUACUGACAGGCACCCCGCUGCGCCCUGGUGUCUCCAUCGUCUCCAGCAAUGCCGUGCUGGCCACCAAGGUGUCCCCCUCGGGAGGCCCCACCACUGUGCACCGGCUGGUCCAGCCUGGUCGGCCCGUCAAGCAGCUGGUGUUGCAGCCCGUGAAAAGCCCGGCAGGGGGCACGGGGGCUGCAGGCGGAACACCCCUGAAACCUGCUGUGACCCUGACAUCCGCCCCUGCUCAGGGCGAGUCGAAGCGCAUCACCCUGGUGCUCCAGCAGCCGCAGGGUGGGGGCGGCCCCCCCGGGCAGCGCCACGUGGUGCUGGGCAACCUGCCGGGGAAGAUCGUGCUGCAGGGCAACCAGCUGGCGGCCCUGAGCCAGGCCAAGGGGGCGCCGGGCCAGCCCGCCAAGGUGGUGACCAUCCAGCUGCAGGUGCAGCAGCCCACCGGGGGUCAGCCUGGGGGGCCUCAGAAGAUCCAGCUGCUGCAGCAGCCCCCGGCAGCAGGUGCCUCAGGGCAGCAGCCUCCCCUGGCGGUCUCUUCCGUUCAGCAGGCCCAGGUGGUGGGCGGCCCGGGACAGAGGCUGACGGUGCCACUCAAGGUUGUGCUGCAGCCGCAGGCUGGCUCGUCCCAGGGCGGCUCGCCUGGGCUCUCCGUGGUGAAGGUACUGAGCAGCAGCGAGGUGGCGGCGCUGUCCAGCCAUGGCACACGCGGUGGCUCGGAGGAGACCCGCAAGCUGGAGCAUCAGAAGAAGCAGGAGAAGGCGAACCGCAUCGUGGCGGAAGCCAUCGCCCGGGCGCGGGCUCGGGGCGAGCAGAACAUCCCCCGGGUGCUGAACGAGGACGAGCUGCCCAGUGUGCGGCCUGAGGAGGAGGGCGAACGCAAGCGGCGCCGCAAGGGCGAGCGUGGGGGGCCCAAGGAGGAGAGGCCUCGCAAGGGCCGGGGCCAGGGGGGCUCUGGCAAAAGCAAGGGGCGCAGCAAGCCCAGCACCAUCACCCCCGUAGUGGGGAAGAAACGGAAGCGGAACGCCUCCUCUGAUAACUCUGACACUGAGGCCAUGCCAGCUCCAUCCCCCCGCGAGGAGGAGGAAAGCAGCGUCCAGAAACGUCGCUCCAACCGGCAAGUGAAGCGGAAGAAAUAUACCGAGGAUCUGGAUAUCAAGAUCACGGACGACGAGGAGGAUGAGGAGCUGGACGUGACGGGGCCAGUGCGGCCCGAGCAGCCUCCCGCGCCACAGCCCCCUGCACCUGAGCCAGAGGGAGAGACCCUGCCCUCCAUGCAGUUCUUCGUGGAGAACCCCAGCGAGGAGGAUGCUGCCAUCGUAGACAAGGUGCUGUCCAUGCGGGUGGUGAAGAAGGAGCUCCCCUCAGGGCAGUUCAUGGAAGCAGAGGAAUUCUUCGUCAAAUACAAGAACUAGUAGGUGUCAUGCCCUUCCCCAAGGCGUCUAGGCGCCACUCCCCGCUGGAGUGCUCUGAGUCCAGCUCCC